AAAACCAAAGAAGAAGAAGAAAGAUGUUUUGUAAGGCAACGAGAUGUGUAAAACUGUACUAUUCAAUUUUCGGCACACAUCAAACACAGUUCUUUACAAUAAUGAAAAUUAGACAAUAGCAAUAGAAUCACAUUUAUAGUAAAUCGGUGUUGUUUUUUGCUUUCUUUUCCCGUGUGCAGGAAGUCCUGGAGUGGAUAGUGGUAGUGUUGAUUUCGAGCUGACAUCUUUGCUCAACUGCACUCUUGAAUAACAUAGCAAGCUAGCUCUUAGCGGAUUUGGGGGUAAACAAACGUGUUAACUCUCAAUUUCAGCUUCAUAGAAAACAGAUAGCUAUGGCAUGGUAAUCGUUCACUUAAUAUACAGCAUUCAGGGAUAAAAGACACUAUGUCGGCGUUGUUGUUGCUGCAUCGUACAGGUCUUUGUCGAAAAUACAGUACAGGUUUGCUGUGGACACUGUCAAGGCGAAACUCCCAUAUAUUACCAAACAAGCCGACAUCCAGCGGUAGUGUUAGAAAUGUGCUAUUCAGAUGCGCUAAUGUCAGAAAGAUGCUUCUUUCAAAAUCAAAGCGGACACCUACGAGUGAACCACAGAAACUCAUUCAGUGUCUCCUCCACAGACCCUUGGGUCCUGGCAUGAUGGGAAUUAGCAAAGAGUUAAUCAGGAACAACCUGUUGAGGAACCCUGUUGGUUUGGUAAAUCUGUUAGGGUCAAUAAACUUCUUCAAAACAUCGCAAUCCAAACAAGAGAAAAAUAAACGUAAUGGAGCAAAGGGAAAGACUCCAGAGGAAGAAGAAGAGGAGAAGAAGCGUCGCGAGCAGAUAAUUAAGAUGUACCAAGACCGCCUGCGGAUGGUCUUCAUCCUCGCGCUCAUCUUCAAAGUGUUUUAUACCUAUAACCCCAGUGGUGGUAACGUCUCUUGGAAUGACUUUGUGCAUGAGAUGUUGGCCAAGGGAGAGGUGUCACAUGUGCAGGUCGUUCCUGAGAGUGACAUUGUAGAAAUCCACCUUCAUCCUGGAGCAGUUAUAUUUGGAAAGCCUAGGCUGGCACUCAUGUACAAAAUGCAGGUUGCCAACAUUGACAAAUUUGAGGAGAAGCUGAGAGCUGCUGAAGAAGAGCUGAGUAUCGACGCUAAGGAUAGGGUACAGGUGUCUUACAAACGCAUUGGAUUCUUUGGGAACGUAAUCUCGACUCUGGUGAUCGCUGGUUUUAGCCUGGCUGUUGCCUUUUAUGUCAUCCGACUAUUAGGCAUGGGUGGCAGAGAAGGCGGCUUCAGUGCUUUUAAUCAACUGAAGAUGGCCAAGUUCACCGUUGUGGACGGCAAGUCGGGUAAAGGUGUGAGUUUCAAAGAUGUGGCCGGCAUGCAUGAGGCUAAGAUGGAAGUAAAGGAAUUUGUCGACUACCUCAAGAGUCCAGAACGAUACCUCCUGCUGGGAGCCAAGGUUCCCAAGGGUGCAUUGCUGCUUGGGCCUCCAGGCUGUGGGAAGACCCUGCUGGCUAAGGCUGUAGCAACAGAGGCCCAAGUGCCUUUUCUGGCCAUGGCUGGCUCUGAGUUUGUAGAGGUCAUUGGAGGCCUGGGUGCUGCUAGGGUAAGGAGUCUAUUCAAGGAGGCUCGAGGCCGAGCACCCUGCAUUGUCUACAUCGACGAAAUUGAUGCAGUUGGAAAGAAGCGCUCCACCAACAUGUCUGGUUUCUCCAAUACUGAAGAGGAGCAGACCCUCAACCAGCUGCUCGUAGAAAUGGAUGGAAUGGGAACAACAGACCACGUCAUUGUCCUUGCUUCCACUAACAGAGCAGACAUCUUGGACAAUGCUCUCAUGAGACCCGGCAGACUGGACAGGCACAUCUUUAUAGAUCUGCCCACUCUGCAGGAGAGAAAGGAGAUCUUUGAGCAACAUCUGAAGAUCUUGAAGCUGACCCAACCACCUGAAGUCUACUCUCUGCGUCUGGCUGAGCUCACCCCGGGCUUCAGUGGCGCCGACAUUGCUAACAUUUGUAACGAAGCCGCCCUGCAUGCUGCCAGAGAAGGGCACAAGUCCAUCGAUACCUUUAACUUUGAGUAUGCAGUGGAGAGAGUAAUAGCAGGGAGUGUAAAGAAGAAUAAGAUCCUGUCUAAAGAGGAACAGAGGGUGGUUGCCUUCCAUGAGUCUGGACAUGCCUUAGUGGGAUGGCUUCUUGAGCACACAGACGCAGUCAUGAAGGUGUCCAUUGCCCCGCGGACUAAUGCAGCCCUGGGAUUUGCGCAGAUCUUACCUCGUGACCAGUACCUGUUCUCCAAGGAGCAGCUGUUUGAGCGGAUGUGUAUGGCUCUUGGAGGAAGAGUUUCUGAGGCGAUCACAUUUAACAAGAUUACAACAGGAGCUCAGGAUGACUUGCGUAAGGUAACACGUGUGGCGUACUCUAUGGUGAAGCAGUACGGCAUGUGUGACAGUGUCGGCCAGGUCUCAUUCCCAGAAACAGAGCAAGGGGCCGUUGGACGCCGUCCUUUCAGCCAGGGCCUGCAGCAGCAGAUGGACCAUGAGGCUCGGAAUUUGAUAGCCCGUGCUUACAGGCACACAGAGAAGAUCCUGCUGGACAAUGGCGACAAGCUGACACUGUUGGCCAAUGCGCUGUUGGAGCGAGAAGUGGUGAACUACGAGGACAUAGAGGUCUUGCUGGGUCCACCACCUCACGGGCCCAAAAAGCUGAUCCUCCCACAGAGCUGGUUGGAGGCCGAGAGGGACAAACAAGACACGGGAGAAGAAGAACCUCAACCACCUCCCCGUAAAGACAGAGACGAGGAUUUGAAUUCACAGCUGGUCUGAUUUUAAAAUGAAUGUCUUUAAAACUCUUCAACUGCUGCAUUUUGUGGGGGUCACCAGGCGCUGAGCGUAUUGUAAAAUACAUGGAAUUGAUUCCUUACUUUGGAGCUUCUUAUGCCGGAAAGUGAAAUCAAAGUUUCCAUGCAGAUAUUUUGUUUCAAAUGCAGUUGUUUGCCAGCUGACACAUUUAGAUGAUCAAAAACAGGCCUAGUCAAGCCAGUUAAACGGAUUAUUUUGGGACGAAUUCCAUCAUGUUUCUGUGUUUGCUCAACAGCCAUAUUAUUAUUAUUAUUAUUAUUAUUAUUAUUAUUAUUAUUAUUAUUAUUAUUAUUAUUAUUAUGCCAUGGAAGCACUCAAAACAGGUCUAUUUAAAAACAGCAUCUCUCCAACUAGCCUUAAGUGUAGAUAGACUAGAAAAGCCCUCUAAUCAACAUGUACUGUUUGCGCAAACAAUUAUAUUCUCUAUCCUAGAAUUCCCAAACACUGUGUGCUAAUACCUGAAACUGACGUGGGAUCAUUUUUAAUGCAAACAUUCUGUAGCAUACAAGUAUUGCUUUCGAGAACGUGUUAUUUCACAUCUGCAAAUGACAUAGCAAAGCAAGUGCUAGUCAUUUGUAGCUUGUCAAUCUAUACUGGCAAAAAAAGAAUGUGACUUUCGGGGGAGAUAUAUUUGCAUUCAUUCAGGUUACUCAUCUACACAAACGCAUUAAAGUAUGCUGCAUUGUUGUGUUUGGUAUUCAAGUGAGCUGCAGUAAAUGAUUUUAACAGGUUGCUAUGGACAUUUAUAGCUUUAGAGUUUGUACUGGAGUAUUUUUUUUUUUGACUGGGCUAAAGCAGAAGUGAUAUGAGGAAACUACAGUCUAAAAUAUCAAAGUGUCCGUCAUGUUGAUUAAGUGGCAGCUUUUACGCCUCACCUCUAUCCUUCUCUGGUUAUGCAGAGUGAAUAGGUAGAAGGUGGCAUUUUCUUUGAAAAUAAGUCUUUGUAUUAGUUUUAUUGCUACAAGGGAGUAAAAAGUCCCAAAGGAUGGCGUUGCAAAAUAUUAAAAUAAAGUUUUAUUUAAA